GAACAACAUUUCCCUUGGACACCAUGGCUUUGAGUCGGCAAGUGUCAGGAAGAGUGUGACAUUUUCAAAAACGAACUCAGCAACUUUUAAAUGUUCCCUUCUGUGUCCAUAAUAUUGAUGUAGAAUUCCAGUUUGGAGGACUAUAGUAGAUGUUGCACAGUCAGUGCUUCUGCUGAAACAUUAAUCUUCACAAACACCAAUGACCACUUUUACAAAUCAAAAGUCAGAUGAAAUGUGGGACAUUCAGGUCAUGGCAUGGGACAAAGGUCAUAAGCAACCGUUGGUAGUAAAAGUCUAAAUGAGGGGGAGGUUGGGGGUUAUAAAUGUGGGCUGUCUUGUUAACCAGUCUUCAGUUUAGAUUGCUAUCCGCCAUUGCUUAAUACUGACUUCUUGUCUGAGAGACAUGCUACCGGCGUGGGUGUCAAAGCAAACUCUUAGCCCUGUUAAGAAUGUGAUGAUGUCAGUUUCAGUCACAUGUUACUAGAAGCGUGUUAGUACUAGUAAUGGUUGGGUUAACUGUUUUUGUCUUAGGCUUGAGUGUAUUCUUAACCUCUCCUCAAAGUGAUCUUUUAUGCAUUCUACCAUAGUCAUAUAAACGUGUUGUUGCAUGAUAGUCGUUGCCACGAUUGUAAAAUUUAUUGCACUAAGGACUUUGACCACGGUCUCCUUUUUAUGUUUGGGUUGUCACAUGGUUUUAAUGGUGCACAAAUGGGAGUCCAGUUCCUUAUCAUAUCAGUGAGGAGAGUGAGUCCAAAGUUUGAGUUUUUUUAGAUCACACAUUCAGACAGACACACACACACACACACACAGAGAAUAACACAGUGUUUGUGGAAAUCCUAUGUUCUGAAAAUCUUUGCCGAAAUGGAAUAUGGGUGACAUAGUGGGAUAAGUCCAACAUGGAGGAGACGUCGUGCAAUGGAAACCGAGCUGUGGUACUGUCACAAGCUCCUGGGACUGUGCCGCUGAAGAACUUUGUCAUUCCCAGGAAGAAAAGAGCACCAGGAAUAGUUGCGCUUGAGCCUUGUGCAAAAGAAAGCAGGGAUUAUGCUCUCAUUGAAUCCACCUUAAAGGACCUAAUGUUGGAUGUGGGGCAGAAAGCCUGCAUAUGGGGAGAUGCCAAGCUUGUGCACAAUGAGGAUUUACUGAGACAGUUUGCAGAGAAAAGAUCAGAUAUGCGCUCCAAAGGCAGGCACCUACGAGAGACGGAGGAGAGAUUCUGCUUUCUCGUCGCAACUGGACAAGAAACGGCGGAUAUUUACCACAAUGGCCUGAGGGUGGCAAAAUCAAACCAGCACUCCCUGGGAAAACCGUCACAUGGCGUGUAUUUGUUUAAGCACGUGGAUGUCGCCUUGAAAUGUCCAGAUUUCCAACCAGCUGUGGGCAAAAACAUGGUGGUGUUCAAGGUGCUGUUUGGAAGAGUGAAAAAAGUAACUCCAAGCCCAUUGGAAAGUGGUACACAGGAUCCCACGGUGUCUUUUGACUGCCACAUGUCUAAAGACUCAGUCUCCCCUCGUGACACGCUGCCCCAGCAAGUAAUUGGCUCCUCUGUAUUCCUGUUUGACUUCAAUGAGAAACAUGAGUUGAUCCCGAGGCCUAGGCAAUGUUUACCCUACGCCGUGAUUCCCAUAGUUUCCAUGGAUUCGCCUGCAUUAGCGGUCAUACCAGCAUCACCUGCUGAGCUGCAUCCAGUUGUUUCCAGUCCUGCUAAUGGUCCACUGGAUAAUCUGAAGGCAUUUGUGCUGGCAGAAAGACGGGGGAAAGGAGAUACUGCCAUGGUAACAUUCAAACAUUUUAGCACCCAUGGCCCUCUUGUGACUGACCAGAUGCCCCGCGAAGCAGCAGCACUGCCGCCGCCACCGCCACCACCAGCAGCACCACCAGCAGCAUCACCACCACCACCACCA